UAAAAAAGAAGACAUUUUUUCUCUGUAAUCGUAUUGAUCAAGAAUAAUCACUUUUCUAAAAUGUUUCAACUAAUUUUAUUUUCUUCACUCUGUAUAUAUGGUUCUACUAAUUUGAGAGUAACAAUGACAUACGUUUCUGUAUUAAAUACUUUGGUGCAACAGCCAGGCUGGACACAAUUUACAACGCCUGUUAAUACAUUUACAUACAAGGGUAAGAAUUUUGAUCGUAUAAGACAAGAAUUUGAAUUAAGUACAAUAUUCCCAUCUGAUUCGGUCCCUAAUAUUAUUAAAAAAGAGAAUUUUUACGAUAGAGUAUGGCAAUUACAUUUGUUAUUGGGCAUUCACUAUGCUAUUGAUCUAAAAGCUCCUAUCGAAUUAACGUUAUAUUUCUGGGAUUUCUGUCAAAAAAAAUGCAAUGAUGAUUUGAAAAAUAUAUGUCUACAAUGUUUGGCUAAAAGUUGUCAAAUCUUUUACAAAGAAAUUAGAAGGAUGAAAAAUUCAUUAUUCUAUUUUUUUACAAUAGUUCAAUUACCCAUUCAAAAUGUAUAUGACACUCUUUUUAAUAGAAUUCAUGUUAUUUUAAAUUGUUUGAGUGAUUUAGAAACACUAAAAGAUCUUACAACAUCAAACAGUUUUGAAAAAUCUCUUGAAAUAACAAUAUUCGCAAUUCGAAGUGCUUUUGAAUGGCAUACUCAAAAGAUUAACUACUUUUGUAUAGAAAAUCCAGCACAACCUCUUUAUGCUAGUUGGUGUGAAAAUAAUAUCCCAUUAGAAGAACAACUUAAACACAUUCAAGAAAUAUAUAAAACAAAUAUUAAUAAACUUAUUGAAAUUAACAAUACUUACGGUUUUAAGUAUGAUCCAGAUACUCUUUUUGUCAUAAACAAUCGGAUACAGUUAUAUGGAAGAUAA